AUGAGUGAAAAACCAGCAGAUUAUAGUGUUACAAAUGGAUUUGAGAGCAAAACUCCGUUCCUGAUAGGUGUUGCAGGAGGUACAGCCAGCGGCAAGUCUACAGUAUGUCAAAGGAUUAUGGAAAAAUUAGGUCAGCAACAAAAAGAGCAAACAGAGAGACGUGUAGUGUGCAUCAGCCAAGACUCCUUCUACAGAAGUCUCACAACAUCGGAAAGGGUCAGAGCAGAACGGGGACAAUUCAAUUUUGAUCACCCAGAUGCGUUUGAUGAUAAGAAAUUACUGACAACACUAAAAGAUAUACUGGCUGGCAAGAAAGUUGAAGUACCGGAAUAUGACUAUAUUACAAAUUCUAUAAGUGACCGCUCCCACUCAAUCUACCCAGCUGAUGUUGUGCUUAUCGAAGGAAUAUUGGUCUUCUACUUCCCAGAAGUAAGAGAUCUGUUCCACAUGAAACUUUUUGUUGACACAGACUCAGACACACGGCUAGCACGGAGAGUACCUCGAGACAUAAUGGAGCGCGGUCGAGAUUUGGAACAGGUACUCAACCAGUACAUGAACUUCGUCAAGCCGGCCUUCGAAGAGUUCUGUUUGCCGACCAAGAAGUUCGCCGACGUCAUCAUACCCCGCGGGGCGGACAACCUAGUUGCAAUCGACUUGAUCGUGCAGCACAUAUCUGAAUAUCUAAAGCGGAGUCCUGCCGAAAAACCUGUACUGGAAUACCCGGGAAUUUCGCGUUCCACGUCAGUUCCUGGGAGUCCGCAGAGGAGCGGCAAGAGCGGACGACCUCAUUGA